UGCUAGAAAAUAUUUGGUAACGGUCUGAGGGCCUUCUGCUUUUACAGCUGUAUGUAACAUAGUAUUUUCUCUUAGAGAUGUAGUGCCAAGGAGCUAGUGGGAGUCACUAUACCUGGCUUAUCAAGUACUACAAUGGAUGACUGGGACAAGAGUGAUGAACUUAUCCAGAAACUGGAUUUUUCCAGCUGCGCUGAAGAGAAUGAGAUGGAAGAGGACAGUAGUAUACAAGAAGAGGCUCCCCAAAGUUCAAGCCCCCAGAAGAGCUGGGAUUUUCAGAGUUGGAGAGUUAACAGUCCUCUUGCAGUAACCCCCAAAAGAAAAGUCGGUGAUGUCUCUCUGACUCGUACUAAAGCAUGGGUGAGUCCCACUGUGGACUCUGCUUCAUCCUUGAGGAAGAAUGCUGGUCCUGCCUGGGAAUGUCCUGGGACUCCACUGCAUUAUGUCACCUGGAGAAAACUGCAGCUGUGUGACACCCCACACACCCCCAAGAGUCUCUUAACAAAGACUGCUUUUCCUUCAACCGUGGGAAAAUUCCCCUCCAAAGGUCCCCGGCACUUGAGAUUUACUCCUGGUGCUGAUCCAGAUGAUUCUGCCCAGGCUUCGCUGGUCAACAUUAACCCAUUUACACCAGAGUCAUAUCGACAGAUGCUCUUCCCUCCCAAUGGCAAGAGGAAAGCCAGAGGAGAGCUGGGAGAUCCCACUCUAAGCGGGGGCAAGGUGGAGCAGGGGCUGCCAGCCAAGAGAUUUCUCUUGAGAGAGAGCAACAUGGUUUCCCGCUACAAGAAAGAAUUCCUGGAGCUAGAAAAAAUUGGGGUAGGAGAAUUUGGCUCUGUCUACAAGUGUAUCAAACGCCUAGAUGGAUGUGUGUAUGCUAUCAAGCGCUCGAAGAGGCCUCUGGCAGGAUCCUCAGAUGAGCAGAUGGCAUUGCGGGAAGUCUAUGCCCAUGCAGUGCUUGGACACCAUCCCCAUGUUGUGCGCUACUACUCCGCUUGGGCAGAGGAUGAUCACAUGAUCAUUCAGAAUGAACACUGCAACGGUGGGAGCCUUCAAGAUGCACUGUUGGAAAAUGCUAAGACUGGGCACUAUUUCCAAGAAGCAGAGUUAAAGGAGAUCCUGCUGCAAGUCUCCAUGGGGCUAAAGUACAUACACAGUUCUGGCCUGGCACACAUGGACAUCAAACCUAGUAACAUCUUCAUCUGUCACAAGCUGGUGACUGAUGGCUCCGCUGCUCAGGAAGAGAGCGACAGUGAAGAUGAUGGGUUCUCUUCCAACGUGGCAUAUAAAAUCGGUGACCUGGGCCAUGUGACAUCAAUAACUAAUCCCCAAGUGGAGGAGGGAGACAGUCGUUUUCUGGCCAAUGAGAUUCUGCAAGAGCAAUACUGCUAUCUGCCAAAGGCAGACAUCUUUGCCCUUGCAUUGACAAUGGCUCUGGCAGCAGGGUCAGGACCACUGCCUCGCAAUGAUGCCAUGUGGCACCAUAUCCGCAGGGGCAAUCUUCCACCGAUCCCUCAGCAGCUCACACAUGGCUUUCAUGGACUCCUUAAGCUCAUGGUUCACCCUGACCCAGUUGCAAGACCAUCCGCCACAGCUCUUACUAAACACCCAAUUCUUCGGCCCUCUCUUGGAAAAGCUGCACAGCUCCAGAAGCAGCUAAAUGUGGAAAAGUUUAAGACUGCCAUGCUGGAAAGGGAACUGAGAGCAGCCCGUCUUGCUCAGACCUUCAGGAAGGACCAAUCCUUGGGAUGUGCCAGAUUAGAGUCUGAAACCUCUUCCAAACAGAACUGCAACAAGCGCCUGGUAGGAGGGAAGAAUUCUCGCUCAUUCAGCUUUACAUGGGGGGGUUACUGAAAAUCUCAUCACCCAAACUGUUCAGGCUGACAAGUGUCCCUGUGGAAGCAGAAGACCCAUACAGACCAAAGUGCCAUGCUAAAACUCCCUGGAGUAGUUCUUGCCUACUCCAUCAUUCAUACAGCUUCAUGCUGUCAUGACUGGAAGUGACUAGUGUACAAAUGUCUGAGACCUCCUCCACUCCACUACAAUGCUUCAGUCUUGUAUCUCUUAAACCAGUUGCUUCUGAUUCAAUGGGCUGGCUGACCCAUGUGUUAGUUUUGGUUGUAUUCUUGGCUAGGAAUACCUUGAUUCCCUUCUACUUCUCUCAUGCAGCUAAACUAGGGCCUUUUCUCCCUCCCCCCUGAGACCUUUCUGUGGCCUUGACACUCCGGCUGUGCAGGUACACUGAAAAGGGGCACUGGCAGGUGCAAAGAGGAGAUAGUGUCUUGAGCUAUGAAUGGACUUACCCCUUUGCUCCAUCAGGAGCAAAGGGAGUUAAGUAUGAUACCACCUAGUCAAGUUGGGAUGUGAGCUUUGGGACAAGCGGGUUAAGACCACAGUCCUGAGAUACUUCAGACCAAUGUGAAAUGAAGUAAGUGGCAUUGCACUGUGGGAAGAAAGCAAAAGUAACUCAAUAUCUUUACUUUCAAAUGAGUUUCCUGUAGAAUCUGAAGGAACAUUUUCCUUUCUAGAAACAUCCAUAACCAUUAUGUGGCUGGGCUUCUGGGGGCUAGCUCCUGAAGCCUGAUCUCUGGAUUUGUGAGGGCUUCUUGCCCAGUUGAACGGAUAGCCCAUGGGCCACAACCUCUCUAACGUGGUGGUGGGUGGGUCUAUAUAUCCUCUUCCCCUUCUGCAGAGUUACACAUAGAGUUCCCUGUCUGAGGGAUUUGUCUUUCAGCAAAGUGGAGGGAAGGUAGAAGUGAUUUUUUUUUUUCAAAUCUUCAGUUUGGGGAUUGCUUAUAUAAAGUGUUAAAACUAAAACUCAAAAUAAAUUGUAUCCCCCUGUUAUAUUUAACUUUGACAUUGUUUCUUAUUGAAUAUCUUCUAGCCCAAAUCCCUGGGAGUUAGAGCUAUGACUGAGGCAGUAUUUCUAGAAAAAGAUUCUAAGCCCUUGACUAUUUUGAUUACUUGGCUUUUGUUUGUAUUUUAUUUAAUUUAUUUAAUUUCACUUCCAGCUGCUGGACAGCAUCAGACUUUAAGCUGUUGAGUCCUUCCCCUUUAUUUUUUUAAAGUGGAACCAUGCAAAUAAAGAUUUUACCAUUCUUUUUAUCCAA